AUAUAAUAAAACUUAAAUGUGUCCAGUACAUUUAAAUAUAUUAUAUUUGGUAUAUUUAUAGUUGAAGCAGAAUAUGGACAAAUGUAUAUAAAGUAAACAAAUAAAACGACGUUGAUGCGUCGUAGUUGGCGUGGGCUAUUUAACUGAGCCGGUUUUAUUCGGUUUCAUUUCAUGACGCUUUCUUUGCAGUUCACAUCAAUACGAAAUGUAUUCAUGUAUCGAAUAAUAUGUACACGUAUGAAACACUAAUUCAACAGCAAACAUUAAUUUUCAUAAGCGAUUUAUAAAAAAAAACCAUGGCUCUAUCAAAAAUAAAAGAAGAUUUACUUGUUUUGGGUUAUCCUAAUAUUCAAUUAAUGGAUGAUGAAGAUGUUGCUGAAGUGUUUAAUGCAAAAAGAAGAACUUCAUUCUUAAAAUGGUUUUUGGACAAAGUUGGUGGCUUCAUAUUACCAGCAGAUGAAAAGAAAUUGCAUUCCAUAUUGGGAGACACUCUGAGUGACUUAGGUUUAUGUCUUCAUUCACAAAAGGAUAAAUUUGUUAAUGGUGAUUUAUCUUUAAAUAUUGCUGAUCAAUUUACCAUUUUUCUAAGGAUUUUGGAUUAUUUAAAAGUUGAGGCAUAUGGACAAGAAAUCAGUAAAAAUAAGAAUCAUGCUACUUUUGUUAAAAUGGAAGAACUGGAGGAUUGUGUAAAUAUGGACAUAAAUCUUUUUUAUGAUAAUGGACCUUUCAUAGGUAUAACGCAAAACGAAAGGAAUUUGAAAAUGAAUCAGUUAGAAGAUAAAAUAAACAUGUUGGAGAUUGAUGAAUUAAUAACAGAAGAUGUUAUAUGCGAUGUAAUACCAGUAACUGAAUCCUUUUGUAAUUCAACGUUAUCGUUGCAAUUUACAUUGCACAAAUUUUACGAAGUGGUGGAUAAUCUCUAUAUCUUUGAUAAGACAAAGGUAUCCAGAGAAAUGUGUGAUGAACAUUUCGAUUUAAAAUUAUAUCAUGCCAAGAAAAUAAUGGAAUCAAUUAAAGAGUAUAUCCAAAAUAUUAACACAAUUAUAGGAUUUCAAGAGCAAACAGUACCAAGCAUUAUUAAUAUGGAUGCUAAAUAUUUAAAGGUUCUUGUUGAAACCACAGAAUCAGCUAGGGAGUUAAUUAAUAUACAAAAUCUGUUUAAAUAAUAUUUCGUAUAUAAU